CAGUUUAAAUUUGUAGCGUUUCGCUGUUAUCAGUGGUUGGCUUUAAAAAAAAAAUCAAACUAUGAAUAAUUGAAGUGAUAAUAUUAUAUUUUUUCAUGGAACUAGCCCAUUAAACGUCAAGACUCAAGAAAGACACUGACUUAAAUAGAAUUCAAAUGAGCUCAGACGAAGUCGACAAAUCGACAGAACAAGUCCUUGAAUACUACAAAAAGUAUUCGCAGAAUCGUAACCUACCAAAAUAUUUCUCAGGAACUUCAGUGUCUUACUUACCUCCCAUAAAUACUGAGAGCACGGAUGAACAGGAUGACAAAAGUUUUGAAAAAACGCCUGCAAAAUCGUUAUAUCAGUCUAACCAACCAAUUGAUAUUCCUGAAAUUAGGAUUGUUGAAGAGCAACCAAAAGAUGUGACAGGUGAUUCUCCAAAUGCCAGUUCAUUGGAAAGUCCUUCAGCAGAACACAAAAAACUUGAAUGGGAUAACGGUGCUGAUAUUGGAUAUAAUUCAGCUAGAAAAAAUUCUGAACUACAGUUAAGAAAAAGUUCAUCGCUUCCGAUUUUUGACAAUUUAAAAGAAAUAAAACCCAAUGUUAUCAUACCAAUUACUAGACCAUCAAGUACCAUCAAAGCCUUGACCAGUAGUGUGUUAAUUGAUGCUCUAAUCUUUAGUUCAACAAGCAGUUCAGAUGCUUCAAAAAAAAGUUUAGAAAAAGUAUCAUCUAGCUCAUCAACAACCACUGAAGGUAAUCCAAAACCCUUAAGUAGUUCAAGUACAAGUUCAUCUAACGCUCCUGUAAAUGCUAAUUCAAGUAGUUUAGACGCGGAUGAAACGAGAUUUAAAGGUUUCCAAAUGUCUCUUGAUUUUUUAAAAAAUAAAUUUGGCAUACCAGAUGCACAGUCGACGCCCUACAUUGUAAGCAACGAAAAAACUACCGAAAAUUUGACACCUUUGACCGCCAAAGUAGUUGGACAAAAACCUAGUAGGAGUAAAUCAGAAGCUUCACAGGCAAGCAAAACCAAAAUGCAAAAAAUUGACAAACCAUACGAUGCUAAUUGUAGUGCCCCGGAUUUGACACUAAGUAAUAAAUCACAGACUAUCCAAAUUGAAAAAUUUAGACAACCUAAAAUUGAAAAUCAAUUUGAAUAUAAAACUGAAGCGGCACAACAACAAGCCUCAACAUUAAAAACAAAUAUUGUCAGUAUCUCUGAAGAUUCGGCUUCCAGUUUUGAAUAUUUUAGUGUAAAUAAAGAAAGAAUUCAGACUCAGAAAUCUGCUUUUGAGAAUUCAAGCAAAGAAAAUCCCAUCACAUCAAAAAAAAUAUCCUUAUCUGAAUCUGGCAAUGAUUCAAGGACUGACGACAUUGACAGACUUUUAGAAGCAUUUCAUAAGCUGUUGGAGACUAAAAAAAUUAGUUCCACCAAAAAAAAAAAGUAUAUGAAAAAAGUGUUUAGGGAAUUCUGCCAAAUUGAAUCUUCAGGCAAUUCUACAACGAGUUCUGAUCUAUUUUUCCCAAAGAAAUCUUUAUCUAGCAAAGUAGAUUCCAAGGAAAUUACGCCUGUUGUUGCCUCAUCAAAGGACACCAAACACAGUCACAUAAGUAGUAAUGAAAGUAGAUCAAUAACAGAAUCAGAGUGUCAGCAGUGCAUUGAAGAAAUUGAGUGUAUAAUUAAAGUAUCACCAACUGAUAGCGAACCUGAUAAGACUAAAAGGGCAGAAAAACUACCUGCUAAAGAUAAGAUCAGUACAAGUAAAAAUAUUAAUGCAAUUGCAUCCAGUGGUGAGUCUUCACAGCCACCAACUAAUGCUCAAUUGGCCACUUCUCCUAGAGCUUUAGAGAGUGAAGGUGUCAGUAAAGAUUUAAAUAGAAAGUUAAGUUCUCAAACAGGAAUAACACAAACCAUUAGACAGGAUCAGGUAGUUCCAGCUGACAUAAAUAUAUGUGAGGCUAAUUAUAAAGCAAGUAGAACUAAUUCCAAAAAAGCUAUUGCUACAACUCCAACAAGCCUACCCCGAUCUGAUUCACAAUUAUCUGACAAAUGCUCUGUUGAUUGUUUAUCAACAUUUGCUGAAAAAGAACGAAAUUAUCAUCUUAAUUGGAUCAACAGUGAGAUAAGUCAUCUUUCAAAGAUUAAAAUCAUUCUGGAGAAGAAAAAACUUGAGAAAAACAAUAAAACUACUAGAACACAGAGACACAUUUAUAAUAUUACUGAAAAACACGGCUCUUUGAGUCGAAACUUUGUCAUUCAAACCAAAGUUCCAGAAGAUCAAACUGUUAAUAAUUAUAUUAUUAAUGGCAAAGAAUAUGUUGUCUCAGGUUCUGGAAAAUCCGAAGGAAAAUCUAUUGACAGUGAUGUACCUUAUAAAGCUAAUAUUGAAUUGAAUUAUAAUGAAUACGAAAACAAUAUUGAAAUAAGGACUAUUUGUAAUUUUUGCAAGAAAGUUGAAUGUCUUUGUUCUAACGCAACAUUGAAUUCCAAAUUAUCCUCUUUGAAAUCUAAUUCCAAUUUGUGUUUGAAUUGUGAGCAACAAGUUUGCUGUUGCGAAAAAGGGAAUUCCGAGGGGAAUUCUGUUGAAGGCAAAAAUGUUGUGGCUCCUAAAAUAUCACAUCAGAAACCUGGUAAACCACAAAAAGUAUGUCUGAGUUGUCAAUUGGUUGAUUGUGGUUGCCAAAACCAAAAAGACCUUUCUGAAGAUAAGGACUCUCAAAUUCCUUCAAGAGGUACAAUAAGUUACAAAGGAGCUUCAAGCAAUAGUUCAACUCAGUCUCAUAUAUCUUCUUCAGAUAGCUCUAAUUCUUUGAAAAAAGUGUUCAAAAAGUGCAGAUGCACAAUUGCAGACGCUAAGUGCAGCUGUUUUUUUGUGAAAAAACUACUAGAUAGAUUCCAAAUGCCACAAGGCCAAAUUGCUGGUCUUCAUAAAGGAAUUGAACCGCCUACUGCAGGAAGCCUAAACUCAUUAUCUCAAGACAAGUGUUGGAAACGUUCCAGGGUUGGUAAUUUGUCUGCUGCUACUUCUUCAUGUAAAAGUAGUCAAACAAAGGCUGACAUUAUUUUUGCAUCCACACAAACUGAAAUUGCUCGUAAUUCUGUACCAAAGAUGGAUAGAGAAACAUUUACAAGCACUGAGCAAAAAGAGAUGCAUAUAGGCCUGCCAAAAAUUUCACUGGAAAUUGAGGAACAGGAUGAAAUUUUUGCUGAAAAAGUUGAGAUGACUUAUGAAAAAAAUGCAUGUUCCGUAGCUCCAAAGAAUUCCACCACAUAUCGCCAUUUUGGAACUCAAGUGUUUCCUAAUUUUGGAACUGCCGAAUCUAAAUCUUCUGUUGCCAAACUGUAUGAGAACGUUCAAGUCCAACCAGUUGAAAAAUUAAAUAAAAAUUUGAACACUGAACCUCCAAACACUGAAGACAACGAGGGCGACAAAGCUACCUGUGAUAUAGCUGAAGAGAUAUGCUCAAAAUGUCAAAAAGGCAGAAGCAAAAGUGCGAAUGAAAAAACCAAUGUGACCACGCCUGAGAGUGAAAAUAGAACCUCCGAUUCAGAAAGCAGCCCAUUAUUCCGUAUCACGUGUUACUGUUGCAAACAGAAAGCGUUCUUAGUUGAAGUCAGCUUCUUACAAAAAGGUAACGAUUCUUUGCCCUAUUGUAGCAGAUGUUAUUACAAACGACCCGAUCACUGCUUCCAUGAUCCCAAAUAUAUGUUGCCGAAGUGGCAAAACGAGCAAAAUCGUGAAGGGAUACAAUUUUGCUCAUGCUGUAGAGUCGAUAAUACAAAGUGUCGAAGACGGCCUGAAAGCCUAGCCUAUACUCUGAUCCUACAAGAUCAUAAUUUGAAGCGAAGGUGUAAAUCUUCUAAAAGUAGCUUGAAUAAUGUUAAAGUACAAAAUGGUUGGAGCAGGAAAAGUUUCAAGAAUCAAGAAAACUAUGAUAGAAAAUGCGAUGAUCGGAAAAAUUCAUUAGGAAGAGAGAAACGCAACAAGACUGAUAAAGAUGAUAGUGGAAGAGCCAAAUGGAAGAAAACAUCAAAAUCGAGGGCAGAUGUCAAAAAAACAAAUAAUAGCAAAAAAGAAGAUGAAGCUCAAUAUACUUUGAUGGAGUACCUUAUACAAAAUCGUCCAAAAUUUAUUCUUUCUGCUGAGUAUAGAAGACAGAUGCUUCUGAAUUCGAGAAUAAUAAGGGAGCGACACAAAGAUGCAUUGAAGAUCAAUUUUCUCGUGACCAAUUCAAGACAAUCGAAUAAGGAAAAUUACAAGCUGUUUACAGAAAAAGAAAUGAGAGACAUCAACAAAAAGAAUUAUGAAAAGUUACCUGAAGUUCAAGGGAGGCUAAUAAACCAAAGAGAAAGCCAAUUGAGGCAAGCUGAUAGACUUAUAAGUCAUAGUUUGGCAAAGAAAGUACAAAAAUCCGUUUUAAAAGGGAAAGGAAGUUUUCCUAUAGACAAACCCCUUACAAAUUAAGACUUCUAAUAUACUUUUCGAUAUUUUAAUAAAAUUUGAUUACAUAUCAA